GUUGUUAUUAUGAAAGCGUUGCCAAAGUCAGUUCGUAUUCAGACUGACGGAGAGAUUCAUUCCAUCCCUUUUCGCAGCAUUUCAACUUUUAACAGCAGAUAAAUGAUCCAAAAGCGGACUGGGCUUGCUGAAAUUUAUAACGAACAGAGUUUUUAGCCUACUUUUAAUUUCCUAUCAUGAAGGCUGAAAUGGACAAAAUUGUCUCUUUAUCCGAUGGAGAGAGCACCGUUGAGCUUCAGAAGUACCUGUCGUCCCUGACGAAUGACCAGCUUAUUACAGCACUAACCAACAGUGCACUAAGGGGUAAGAAGGUCGGUACCAUGCUCAAAGGGAUACUUAAAGGAUCUCCACCUGGUUCCAGUGAAGGGGCGAAUCGCAGACUUCUGGUGUAUGAGCAUCUCAUUCCUCUGUGUGAGUCUGGGGAUCUUCAGGCUGAGGUGGCAGCUGAUGUCAUUGGUCUGCUGAUGCUGGAGACUCACACGCUGUCAGGAUCAUCUCUCGCCAAACUGGCUGCUCUGUUCGUCGACGCCAUCAAAGUGGGGAAAAUGGGCAGCGGGAAAUCGUUGGAGCUGUUUCCUACGAUCCUUACUGCACUCGCAGCAUGUGCAGCCUUGUCUUAUGGCAAAGGGGAACUCAGUGGUGAAGAAUACAAAAAGCAGCUGAUUAACAGCCUCUGCUCAAGCAGAUGGGAUCCACAGUGUGUUAUCCACCUGACAACCAUGUUCAGGGACGUGCCGCUGUCAGCAGAGGAGCUGCAGUUUUUGGUCGACAAAGUCCUCAGAAUGUUUGUCAAGAUGGAUCUGCAGGAAGUCCCGCCACUGGUGUAUCAGCUGCUGCUAUUAUCGGCCAAGGGCUGUAAGAAGCAGAUCCUGGACGGAAUCGUCGGUUACUUUAGGGACCAGGACGAACGGCAGGAAGAAGAGCAGAAGGACGGAGAGAACUUGCAUCUGGAGGUUCAGACUGUUCCACAGGACCAGUUGAGGCACGUGGAGGGAACCGUUAUUCUCCACAUAGUCUUUGCUAUUAGACUGGAUCAUGAGCUCGGGAGGGAGCUCCUCAAAAGCUUUAAGACAUCGUACGGGGACUUGUGUCCUUUUAGCGUCGCCCUGUUGCUCUCAGUAGCACGCAUCCAGCGAUAUGAGGAGCAGGUGUUUGACCUUUUGAAAGGGGCGGUGAUUAAGAGCUAUAAGGAUGAGCAGCUUCAACAAGGUUCGAAGUUUCUCCAGGACCUCCUGCCGGUUCACUGCAGUGUGGCGAAGAUGAUCCUGGACACAGUGAAGAACAGCGUAUUUGGAUGGGAUCAUGUCACUCAGGGAUUGGUGCAGCUCGGGUUCGUUCUUAUGGACACAUUCGGGCCCAAACCUGGACCGUUCGGCAAGUCCGCAGAGGGGCCCGUUACUGCAGCCCGGACCCCGUCUCAGCAGGCCUGCAAGCUGGGAGGACAGACGCUCCUCCAGGGCUUUAAGAUGCAUGAGCCAAUCAGAAGCGAGAUACUAGAGCAGGUCCUGAAUCGUCUGGUCACAAAGACUGCCUCACCUGUCAGUCAUUACUUGGACCUUUUCUCUGACAUUGUGAUCUCUGCUCCCAUGAUCCUCCUGGAGUCCUCCUCCAAGGUGACGGAGACAUUCGACCACCUGACCUAUCUGCCUCUGGGGACCGUUCAGGGUUUUCUGAAAGCUGUCCAGCCUCUGCUCAAAGUCAGCAUGUCUCUGAAAGAUUCUUUAAUUUUGGUGCUUCGCAAGGCCAUGUUUUCCAGCCAGCUGGAUGGCAGGAUGUCUGCAGUGACUGGCUUUUUGCUGUUGCUGAAAAACUUUAAGGUGUUGGGCAGCUUGGCUUCCAGUCAGAGUAGCCAGGCUGUCUCCUCCAGCCAGGUCCAAGUGGACGUUCACUCUCGCUAUAAUUCUGCUGCCAAUGAAGCUUUCUGCCUGGAGAUUCUCAGCAGCCUGCGCCGCUGCCUGGGCCAGCAGGCCGAUGUGCGCCUCAUGCUCUAUGAGGGUUUCUAUGACGUUCUCCGUCGCAACUCUCAACUUGCGAGCUCCAUCAUGCAGACCCUCCUCUCACAGGUGAGGCGAUACUAUGAGCCGGAACAGGACCUGCUUCCUCCUGUCAAACUGGAGCCGUGCAUCACUGCUCACGGCGACCAAGUCUACCUGCAAGAGCCGCUGGCACAUUUGGUAAGCUGUACUGUUCACUGCCUGACGUGGCUGCAGAACACACACCAAGCUGCGAACCUCAACGUGGAUGACAGCGAUGAUGAGGAAGAGGAGGAAGAAGACGCGGGAUACAAAUCUGAAUUACAGACAAUCUUGGAGAGCAUGACGAGGCGCAUGAUCAAAUGUGAACUGGAGGAUUUUGAACUGGACAAAUCGGCAGAGUUUUCUCUGGGCUCCAGCGUUGGAGUGAAGAAUAACAUCUACGCUGUGCUGGUGAUGGGACUCUACGAGAUCCUGAUGGAGUACAACUUCCUCAGAGCAAACUACAAUAAAACGCGCUUUGAGGAGCUUCUCGAACUCUUCCACCGCCACCACAAACUGUCUGAGAUCCUGAAGGAGAAAUGUGGGAAAGGUCGAGGGCCGUCACACAAAACGCCUCGCAGUUUGCUCUCCAUGGGCUUCGUGUCAACUCUCAUCACCGUCCUCUUCAGAGAUAACAGUCAAAGCAGAGAGGAGGCUCUGUCCGUGUUGCGUUCAAGCGGGGAGUUUCUGCGUUACGCUUUGAGCGUCGCGGUUCAGAAGAUCCAGCAGCUGGAGGACACCGGACACACGGACGGUCCAGAUGGACAGCAUUCAGACAGGACUUUCCGCUUCCUCUGUGACAUGACAAGCGUCCUGAUGUGGCGCUACACCAACAUCCCGCGCGCGGUGGAGGAGGCGGGGAAGAAGGAGAAGCGCUGCAGCUUGUCCCAGCUUUGUCUGGACGGUCUGCUCAGGAUCUUCACAACCUGCCAGCAGCGCUACCCAGAGAAGAUGGCCCAGCUGCUUUCUGCCAUGGGUGUUGAAGAUGAAGCUGAGCAGGACGAUGUUGCGGAGAUGAACUACUUUUACAUCAGGCAGUUUCAGAGGGCGCUGUUCACUCAGUUGAGUGGAGGUGAGGAGGAGUUCAACAGCCGAGAAGCUCAGGUGCUGGUCGGCAUUUUGACCGUGCUCUCACGUCAGCUAAAGCCCUCUUCUAAACAGUUUCUUCAGAUGAUCACCUGGACCGUGAAGAUCUGCAAAGAAACUAGUUUUGAGGACUCUGCGUUCUGUAAGGGGCUUCUGUCACUGCUCUUCAGCCUGCAGGUCCUCUACAAGACUCCAGCGAGUCUGUUGUUGGAGCUUUGUCAAGACAUUCACAGCCAGUUGGGAGACAUUGAUCAGGAUGUAGAAGUGGAGAAGCAGUGUCAUUUUGCCAUUGUUAACAUGAAAACAGCAACAACAGCAGCACUGCUCGUCCUGACUCAAGUUGACCGAGUGCUGGAUGAAGUGGACUGGCUGAUUGCCAGGAAGAAAGGUCAAGCAGCUUCUGAGAAAUCUGGCUCCGCCGACGCCUCCCAGACUGCAGGCCAGCAGGACCCCGUUGAGAAGGCGGCGACCCUGCAGCUGGGAACUCUGCUGACCGCUUUAAACGAGCUGGUCCAGACGGCUCUUCUUCCCGGGACCUGCACCGUGACACUGCUGAGAGAGCUGAGUCGUACUUACACCACCCUCACCACCCUGGUCAAAUACUACAUCCAGGUGUGUGCCAGCCAGCACGGGUCACUGCCAAACAGAUUUGAGAAACUGGUGAAACUAUCUGGUUCCCACCUGACCCCGCAGUGCUACUCCUUCAUCACUUACGCCCAGAGUGGAGAAUCCAAUCCUGGCGAUGACAAGAAGAAGAAGAAAAGGAAUGAGGUGAACGCCGCUGUGUCGGCAAAGCUUCUCCGUGAGACAACGGCCAUCCCCAACCUGAUCUUCAGCAUUGAACAGUAUGAGAAGUACCUCAUCACUCUCUCAAAGAAAUCAAAGGUCAACCUGAUGCAGUACAUGAAGCUGAGCACUUCCAGAGAUUUCCGCAUCAACCCUGCCACCUUGGAUGCGGCCCUGCAGGAGCAGGAGGAAACCGCGGAGACUCAGGAGUCGCAGAAUGCAGAGGAGACCCAGGAGCCCAAGCGGAAGAAGAGAAAACAGUGAGCUGGAAACGACUCCUUUCCUCGACAUCAGAAACCUGCUGGUCACACUGGUCAGCAGGAAACGGCUACCUGCCUUUGCUCAGAGAGCCUUUGGUGAUGCUGAGGAUUUGGUUCAUGUCCAGGGCCUCACCUGUGGAAAGUUUUGCACACUUUGUUUAAUAAUCUGUUAUAUUUAUGUCAAUUUAUUAAAAGAAGCAUAUUUUAAAUAUGAAGUGAACAGUUUUAUUUAAUUAAAAUAGGAAUUAGCUUCUUCCUGUUUUUCAUAAUUGACACAUUUUUCAACAAUUUAGCUUCUUUUGUUGAAUUUCCUAAUAAACAAACUGCUUGUUCUGAGUAGAAGAUGGUGUGGGUGUAAUAGAGAACAGUUUUCAGUUUAGACACACUAAUUUCAGGGAAAGAUUAGGAUGCAGACAUUGUUUUCCUCAGGUUUUCUUUUAAUAUUGCAUAUUUUAUUUACCAUUACUGGUGAAAAUUGUUUAAGGAAACAAAUUUAAUCAAAAUGAUUAAUAAUUCUGUUGUUCUGUUCCAGAAAAACCUUUCAGUGCAAAUAAGAUAAGAGUCGGGAAUACAACUCCAAAGUGCUGAGCGGCUAGAGUUUUAUUCUGGAUCCUUUUGGCAAAAUAAAUACUUCCUGUUGCAUUUCA